UCGGCUUCCGCUAACUUGAACGGACCUACAUACAGAGGCACUUCGUUGAAAUUCCGCGCCGCGAGGUAAGGUUUCGAUAUCGGACCGUGACGCGCGGGGUAAAAUUCAAAAGACAAGUCGCAUGAUUUCUUGGGAAAAACGGCGUUUUCCUUCUACAGUACUUUAUUAUCAUCGCAGGGCAACUGUUCACUGCUUUUGUCUCGUUCCGGUAAAUAGUUGGGAUUUGGGGUUUCCUCGCAAGUAGACAGUGACCAGGAAUUGGCUGUUUACUCACACCACGAGGGGUUUCAGUAGAGUAGCGGACGGCAUCGAAGGAGGAUCACGGAUCGAAUUGAAGAAAAUCCGUCAAACUGGGGAACUGUAUCGAAAGUGUUACCGUGAUCCAGUCCAAGUUCGGCAAACACGGCUCGAUGACCCCGGUCCUGUACUAUUUGCCACCCUCGCCGCCCUGCCGUUCGGUGCUGCUGCUGGCCCGGAUGAUUGGAGUCGAGCUGGACCUGAAGGUGCUGAACGUGAUGGAGGGCGAACAGCUGCGGCAGGAUUUUAUCGAGCUCAAUCCGCAGCAUACGGUGCCGACGCUCGACGACCACGGGCUGGUACUGUGGGAAAGUCGCGUUAUUCUAUCUUACCUAGUAUCGGCUUACGGGAAGGACGAAAACCUUUACCCGAAAGAUUUCCGUUCCCGAGCAAUCGUAGACCAGCGGCUCCAUUUCGAUCUGGGGACUCUCUACCAGAGGGUCUAUGAGUACUUUUUCCCCACCAUCCAGAUGGGUGCCCACCUGGACCAAACGAAGAAAGCCAAACUGGCCGAAGCCAUCGGAUGGUUCGAGGCCAUGCUCAAACAGUACACGUGGGCAGCGGCCAAUCACUUUACGAUCGCAGACAUUGCUCUGUGCGUGACCGUGUCCCAGAUCGAGGCCUUUGGCUUCGAAAUGCAACCCUACCCGAAGGUGCGAGCCUGGCUGCUCCGGUGCAAGGAAGAGCUGGAACCGUACGGCUAUCAGGACAUCAACCAAACCGGAGCCGAAACCUUGGCCGGAUUGUUCCGAUCAAAACUGAAACAGUAAAAUACUCUAGGAUUAACGAAAUGAUGACCAAAUAUCGAUAUUGUUUUGAACAUUACUACAAGAACAAACGUAGAGUAAAUUUAUUUUUAGUGUAGUUUUACUGAAAAUUUCAGUUUUGUUGUUCAGUUGUUGCGAGAUGCAAAAAAAACAAUGACCAACUCACCAAGACAAGAACAAGAACUUCUUUCUUUUGGCGAUUUUGGUUCGAUGCACGUUUCUAAAUUUUUAAAUUCAUUUUUACUGAUAUUGCUUCUUAUUUUAUGAAAAAUGAGAAAAUAGUUCAUCUAAGUACAUAGAUUGUUUUAACUGUUUGUAGUUGUAUUAAGAAAUUUGUACCUACUGUAUAAAAGUUCAAAUCAGUAACCUCUAUAGCAUUAAUUGUAGUGACACCUCGCAAAG